GCGGGCUUAUAAAAAGGGGGCGUCGCGGGGACUAGCCAAGCCCCAAAGGCUGGCGGCUGUGAUCGGACCCUUCCUCGCGGCUUCUGAACGCCAGUGAGUCUCCGCCAGGACGCCCGCGUCGCCAGCCCUCGACUCUCCAGCCCGCGCCUCCGCCUUGCGCUCCCGCGUCCAGGCCACCCGGAAGGAUGCGCUGUGCGCCGACGGCCUCGGCAGCCUUGGUGCUGUGCGCCGCCACCGCCGGGCUGCUGAGCGCGCAGGGCCGCGCGGCGCCCGCCGAGCCUCCCGAGCCGCCGCGCUUCGCGUCCUGGGACGAGGUGAACGUGCUGGCGCACGGGCUCCUGCAGCUGGGCCACGGGCUGCGCGAGCACGUGGAGCGCACCCAGGGGCGGCUGGGCGCGCUGGAGCGGCGACUGCGCGCGUCCGGGGCGGCCUGCAAGGAGCCCGGGGCGUCUGCCGCGCCCCCGCGCGCGCCCGAGGGUCUGGGCCCCAGUGGCGAGGCUGCCCCCGAGACCCUCGGCAGCCUGCAGACUCAGCUCAAGACCCAGAACGUCAGGAUUGAGCAACUCUUCCACAAGGUGGCCCAGCAGCAGCGGCACCUGGAGAAGCAGCACCUGAAAAUCCAGAAUCUGCAGAGCCAGGUGAGCCUCCUGGCCCCCAUGCACCUGGGCCACAGGAUGGCCAAGCCUGGCAGGAAGAAGAGGCUACCCAAAAUGGCACAGCUCGUUGGCCCUGCUCACAAUAUCAGCCGCCUGCACAGGCUGCCCAGGGACUGCCAAGAGCUGUAUCAAGAGGGAGAGCGGCAAAGUGGACUGUUCCAGAUCCAGCCCCAGGGGUCCCCACCCUUCCUGGUUAACUGCAAGAUGACCUCAGAUGGAGGCUGGACUGUAAUUCAGAGGCGCCAGGAUGGCUCCGUGGACUUUAACCAGCCCUGGGAAGCUUACAAGGCUGGCUUCGGAGACCCCCAAGGUGAGUUCUGGCUGGGCCUGGAGAAGGUUCACCGCAUCACGGGGGACCGCGGCAGCCGCCUGGCUGUGCAGUUGCAGGACUGGGAGGGCAAUGCUGAGUCUCUGCAGUUCCCCGUCUAUCUGGGUGGUGAGGACACAGCCUACAGCCUGCAGCUCACAGCUCCCGUGGCCAGUGAACUGGGUGCUACCACUGUGGCACCCAAUGGCCUCUCCCUGCCCUUCUCCACUUGGGAUCAAGACCACGACCUCCGUGGGGACAAGAACUGUGCCAAGAGCCUCUCCGGUGGCUGGUGGUUUGGCACCUGUGGCCAUUCCAACCUUAAUGGACAGUACUUCCGUUCCAUCCCACACCAGCGGCAGCAGCGUAAGAAGGGCAUCUUCUGGAAGACCUGGAGGGGCCGCUAUUACCCGCUGCAGGCCACCACAAUGCUGAUCCAGCCGACAGCGGCUGAAGCAGCCUCCUAGCCUCCCCACUGGGGCCUGGCUCCCAGGCUCGUAGACAACAGUGACUUUGACUCUGGCCCAGCGUGUGGCCACUCCCUGCUCAGGCAGGGGCUCGAGACGGGGGGCCAUCUGGAGCCUCACGGACAGAGAAGAUGCUCACGACUGGAGAUGCCCCCUUUCUGAGUGGCGGGGUGCAGGUGAUACCCUCUGAGGGCAGAGCUACAGGGUUGCAGGGCACAGAGCCAGGAAGCGUGAGACGGAGGGGCGUUGAGGCCCGCUCCUUGCCCACCUAAGGAGUCGAGGACACAGAGGGUGUCUUGGGGGCAGCCGAGCCAGCCCUCGAUGCGGAUUCAGUCACAUUGACUGGCUGGGGGACCAGGGCUCCCACGGGCCCCCAGUGCCCUCACGGUGCUCUCAUGUGUGGGUGCUGUGGGAUGAGCCGGUGCCAAUGACAUCUGGGUGGAGCUCACCAAAUUCUUGCAAUAAAAGCAACCUCAGCACA